CCACAGUGUCUUAACAGGGCCCUGCUGCCGUCAAUUCUGAUUCUAGGCUUCUGUGUCUUCUCUUCUGUUUAGAGUGUGCCGCUUAGUCCUUGUCAGUCCCCCAUGGCCCCCUGGAGCCGAGAGGCGGUGCUGAGUCUGUACCGGGCUCUGCUGCGCCAAGGCCGAGAGCUUCGCUACACCGAUCGAGACUUCUACUUUGCUUCCAUCCGCCGUGAAUUCAGGAAAAACCAGAAACUUGAGGAUCUGGAGGCUCGGGAGAAGCAGCUGGAGAAGGGCCUGGUCUUCCUCCGUAGCAAACUAGGAGGCCUUGUUUAA